GGACGCGGCGAAGGCGAGGCCCAUGUGGGGGCGCCUUGAGGAGGGGACACCCAUAGGCAGCCAUAGGCAGAGGGCGACACGGAUGCGCCAUGAGAUCGGCCAAGGCCGGCCUGCAAGGGCUCUUCGCCGUGUACAAGCCCCCCGGCGUGUAUUGGAAGCAGGUGCGGGACGCGGUGGAGACCAACCUCCUCAAAGACUUGAAUAAAUUCAGGCGCCCGGCACCGAGGAAGCAUAUCUAUUUCUUACCCAGCACGGUGGAAGGAGCAGAUGGGAAGGAGCUGACAAUAACGGCUACUGAACAAUCGUCACUGGUUGACCAUCCAUUAGUGUCUGGACCCCUAUUCACUCACUGGAAAAUGGGAGUAGGUCAUCGUCUGGAUAAAAAGUCCUCCGGGGUAUUUGUCCUCGCAGCAGGCAAAGGCACCAAAAAGCUGGUGGACUGCCACAGUGCCCAUUUCACCAGGACCUACACGGUUCGUGGGCUGUUUGGCAAAGCCACCGAUGACUUCUCAGACACGGGCAAACUGAUUGAAAAGACCACCUUUGAGCACAUCACCCGGGAACAGCUGGAGCGCGUCCUUUCUGUUAUCCAAGGAUCUAAUCACAAAGCUUUGUUGCAGCUCUCGGCGCCCCUCUACUUCCUCCCACGACGCCACUACUGCCCGCCCCAAGAGCAUAAAGACCGAGAGGAGUCCCAGCCACUUAGUUACCUCAAGAGUCCUGCCAAGAAAUGGACUGUGGCCCAGUCCAUGGGCAGCGAUCAUGAGCAGCCCGUGUGGCGAGGGGUCUUGAUUGGCAUAAUCUGCAUGGCCUUCGUACUGUGGUGUAUGUUUCGUUCUCCGACAGAGCUUGACCAGAAGCUGGAAGAGCUCUUGAUGGGAAAGGAGCUAGAGGACUUCCCACCUAAGCAGGAGAAACCUUGACGAGACUUCCCUUUACUGCUGCAACUUGUCUUAAUCCAGUCUCUCUCUUUUUCUCUGGCUGAGAUCGCUGGAGACCUUUUUGUGCAAACUGGGAGAGGGUGGGGGAUGAGGAAAGAAGAGUAAAGCAAGGAAAUGACCUCUGAGCAGACACGGAAGAAUAUUUGCUCAGCAGGCAACACAAGGGUUCUGGCACGGUGGGAUGAGAUUCCACCCUUUUUUAAAAAAAAAAGAACAAAUCUGAAAACAGGAGACUCUGAAAAGAAGCCAACAAAAAUCCACCAAUCUCCAUUAUAACCAUUUUUGGUGGUGAUCAUUGGAUAAAAUG